CUCCCUGUCUGCCUCUACACUGUCCUCUCCUCUCUGCCAUCGGAGAAAAACCGAUGGAGAAAGGCUGCCAAGUGCCCCCUUCCUGUGCCAGGGGACAGGGGAGUAGAAAGGCUUUAUUAGCUUGCCUCGCCUAGGCCUGCAGGGAUGGAGCUCUCAUGGGACCUGUAUGAGACCCCCGGUGAUGAGCUGGAAGCUUUUGUGAGGCACAUCCUGCUGCCCAGGGAUUGGAAGGAGGAGGUGCAGGAAGCCUGGCAGAGGAUCUGCAAAUUCCUGCAGGACCAGUGCUUUGAAGAUGAGCUGUUGCUGGACCAGGAAGUCAGGGUGCUAAAAGUGGUGAAGCAUCUGAAACAAAAACAUCGAAAAGUAACAUUGCCUUCAAAAUAUGCCCUGGAGCUGCUGACCAUCUGCGCCUGGGAAAUGGGCACAGAAGAGAGCGAGAGCUUCGACUUGGGCACAGGGCUCGUGGCCGUGAUGGGGCUCCUCCAGGAUUACAAAAACAUCUGCAUCUAUUGCACCAAAUACUAUGAUUUCCAAAACCAGACUGUCCACAACUAUAUUAAGCAACAGUUGAAGGAGUGCAGGUGGAGAGCAAGGGAUGUGCUGGUGACCGUGAAACAGACAGGCCAGGAGACCUGGAGCAUCUCGGUGGCCCCGUACAGCCCCAUCUGGAAGAUGAAGACUGAGAUCAAAAAGAGGAACUUCAUCUUCGGGCGGCAACGUCUCUCCUUUCAGGAGCCAGGAGGAGAGCGGAAGCUGCUUAGCAGCCAGAGGAGCCUGGCAGACUACGGCAUCUUCUCCAAGGUGACCAUCCGGGUGCUGGAGACCCGCCUGCCUCAGAUCCAGGUGUUCGUGAAGGAUGCCAGCGGCCAGAGCACACCUCAUGCCAUCUACCCAGACGACACCAUCCUUUGCCUGAAAAGGGAGAUUGAGGAUGCCGACGGGCCGCGCGUGGAGGACCAGGUGCUAAAGUUCCAGGGCCGGAAGCUGCGCAACCAUCACAAUCUCACAAGCCUGGAGAUCAAAAACAGUGACACCAUCACGCUGGGAAAGAUCUGAGGGCCCAGCUACACAAUCUCUUCUAAUACGAGACUUAUCCCUAUGUAGGAGACCUAGCAAUGCUUGGGAUCAAUCUAAGCCAGUAUGACCAAAAUAGCAUGAAGAUUUCCUUUAAAAAAAAAAAAAACUAGAGCUACAAACAGCACACUGAUCCCACAACCCCACUCCUGGGCUUACACAUCCUGAAGACAUGAUCUCAUUGUACCAAGUAGACAUUGCUCCACCCCACACACAGCAGUUCUUUCCACAGCGGUCGAGACUGGGGAUCAACCAAGGUGUUCCUGAUCAGAUGAAAGGAAAAAGAAAACGGGGUCUAAAUCUACCAUGGAAUACUACCCAGCCACGAAAAAGGCUACAAUCUUGUUGUUGGCAACCAAACCAGUGGAACUAGAGGACACUGCAUGUCAAGUGACAUAAGCCAAACGUAGACAAAUACUGCGUGUUCUCCCUCGUAUGUGGGACCAAAACCAUACCAAAUGAACACAGAAUGGUGACUACUUGAGAUUGG